CCAGGCUGGGCAGGAAUUCGGCUGACCGUCGGCCGACGAGGCGCUCUAGGCCGAAUGAUUUUCGUCUCUAUGACCACAAGGAGGCGGUCUCGGGUGUCCCGAGGACUGCGCGGGAGGGGGUGUGCGUCAGUUCCGCGCGGGGCUGUCGCGGAACCAUGGCUGCCCCAAGAGAAAAUGUCAGUUUAUUAUUCAAGUUAUACUGCUUGGCAGUGAUGACCCUGGUGGCCGCAGCUUAUACCAUAGCUUUAAGAUACACAAGGACAUCAGACAGAGAACUCUACUUUUCAACCACAGCUGUGUGUAUCACAGAAGUUAUAAAGUUACUGCUAAGUGUGGGCAUUUUAGCUAAAGAAACUGGUAGUCCUGGUAGAUUCAAGGCAUCUUUAAGAGAAAAUGUCUUGGGGAGCCCCAAGGAACUGAUGAAGUUAAGUGUGCCAUCAUUAGUGUAUGCUGUUCAGAACAAUAUGGCUUUCCUAGCUCUUAGCAAUCUGGAUGCAGCAGUAUACCAGGUGACCUAUCAGUUGAAGAUUCCCUGCACUGCUUUAUGUACUGUUUUAAUGUUAAACCGGACACUCAGCAAAUUACAGUGGAUUUCAGUUUUUAUGCUGUGUGGUGGAGUCAUACUUGUACAGUGGGAACCAGCCCAGGCUACAAAAGUUGUGGUGGAACAGAAUCCCUUAUUAGGGUUUGGUGCUGUAGCUAUUGCUGUAUUGUGCUCAGGAUUUGCAGGAGUAUAUUUUGAAAAAGUAUUAAAGAGUUCAGAUACUUCCCUUUGGGUGAGAAACAUUCAGAUGUAUCUAUCAGGGAUUGUUGUGACAUUAGUUGGCGUCUACUUGUCAGAUGGAGCUGAAAUUAACGAAAAAGGAUUUUUCUAUGGUUACACAUAUUAUGUCUGGUUUGUCAUUUUUCUUGCAAGUGUUGGAGGCCUCUACACUUCUGUUGUGGUCAAGUACACAGACAACAUCAUGAAGGGCUUUUCUGCAGCAGCCGCCAUUGUCCUUUCUACUAUUGCUUCAGUGAUGCUGUUUGGGUUACAGAUAACACUCACCUUUGCCCUGGGCACUCUUCUUGUAUGUGUUUCUAUAUAUCUCUAUGGAUUACCCAGACAAGACACUACAUCCAUCCAACAAGGAGAAAUAGCUUCAAAAGAGAGAGUUGGUGGGUUCUUUGGUUGCAUAUAAACCAACUCUGGGCUGGUCUUCGUCAGUGAAAACCGGAGUUUAUAAGGACGGCAAUCGGGGCAGUAGGGCUCUAGGCUGCAGGAGAUAAUGUACAGUCUUUUCAGGGAGCUGCUUCUGCAGACACUAGGCCCUAAUCUUCACU